AUGGCCAAUCCAAAGAAUGAUAAUGCACAAUGCAUGACCAUCGUGACCCAAAGUGGUAAAGUUGUGGAGAGUGAUGUGCCAAAUGAUAAAAAUGCAAGUUCAAGCAAAGGGAAAACCAUUUUUUUGAGAUUGAUGUACUUGAACAAUGAAGCCUCCAAUGAGGUUGAUGAUGCACUAAAAAAUGUUUUUCUUGGUGAUUCUAAGAAUUCAAAUGUGGGGGUUGUGUCUCCCUCGGUACCUACAAAGCAGUUGACCAAAGUUACUCUACCAUUCCCUCAAAGAUUGAAGAAGAGGGAUGAAGGCGUAAAGUUUGAAAAUUUUCUUUCCAUCUGCAAAAGUCUUUACAUUGAUAUUCCUUUGGUGGAGGCAUUUUUAGAAAUGUUGGGUUAUGCAAAGUUUCUAAAAGAGUUGGUCACUAAGAAAAGAAGUAUGGAUUUUGAGAUGAUUGGAGUAUCCCAUAAAUGUAGUGUCGUUAUGUCCAGCAACGUGGUUGUCAAGAAAGAUGAUCUGGGGGCAUUUACUAUCCCUUGCGCUAUAGGGAUGCUCAAAUUUUCUAAUUCAUCAUGUGAUUUGGAGGUGAGUAUAAACUUGAUGCCCUAUGCCAUUUUCAAACAAGAUGGGCUAGGUGAGCCUAAACCUACAACUAUGCGUCUUCUUUUUGCCAACCGCUCUAUUAAGCACCCUAUUGAAAUCCUUUAUGACAUUUUGGUGAAGGUCCUUAUUAUUCUUCGUAGGCCAUUCUUGGCUACCGGGAAAGCUCUUGUUGAUGUGGAAAGUGGUGAACUGAAAUUCCGAGUAAAUGGUGUAGAAGUUACAUUCAAUAUUUGCAAAUCGAUGAAGCAACCAAGUGAACUCCAUGUGAUAUCAGUCGUUUACGUGAUUGCUGAAGGGGUUGCUAGUAUGAGCGAAGAUUCUUGUAUUAGUAAAUUUUUGGCUGCCAUCCUUUUGAACUAUGACGGGGAGGAAAUUCAAGAUUAUUAUGAGGUAGUGGCCGCUCUAUCGUGUUUAAGUUAUUAUUCUGAGAGCCCUUUGAAACUUGAUAUCAAUUUUAAGAAUAGGGAAAGUCUUCCCGCAAAGCCAUCUAUUGUAGAACCACCAAAGCCUGAAUUGAAGGUACUUCCACCUCACCUUCACUAUUUGUUCUUGGGAGCCAAUAACACUUUACCCGUGAUUAUUGUGAUGGAUUUGCUUGAAUGGCAAGCGCAAGCGCUUGUUAGUGUGUUGAAGAGUUUUAUCAAAUCUAUUGGGUGGACGAUUGCCGACAUAGUGGGAAUUCCCCCGUAUUUGUACUAA